UCCGUGGAAAUCGUCAGUCAACAACAGCACACGCCGCAGUGCGAACAACUGCAAGGGGCACACCGUCCACUCUUAUCGUAUAUAUACCUAUAUAAUAAUAUUAUCGUUAAUCGCGCACACUGAUAUUAUCGAGACGAAUCGAAUCAAAUCGACCAAGAUGAAAAUACACGUUUUGAUCGGUCUGGCAUGUUUGGUGGCCAUGGCCACGUGCUCGGAAGACUCGUCGACCGAACAGACUCAAAAGGUGCAACAGGACCAACAGCCGGAAGAGGACCACCAGUCCAUCAAACGCGACGCAGUCGAAGAUUACACCGCAGAUGAGUCGUACGCCCCGUCAGCCGUCGCCGGCGGUGAAGCAUACCAGCCCGCUGCCCCUGCUGAAGCAUACGCACCAUCCGCCGCUGAAGGUUACGCGCCAUCCGCCGCUGAAGGUUAUGCACCAUCUGCAUACGCCGCUGCUCCAGCCGCUUAUGCCGCCCCAGCCGCUUACGCUGGUCCCACAGCUUACGCCGCCGCCGCCGCACCGGUAGGCAUUGCCACUGCACCUGCCGCCUACGGAUACGGACCGUCCGCAUACCCCGCAGUUUCCGGAUACGCUCCAUCAUACGGACCCGAACAUGUCAUCUCGCAACACGUUGAGAUCAACCGCGCUAUACCCGUUCCAGUGUACAGGACUAUCGCAGUUGGUGUACCCCAACCAGUGGCCGUACGUGUGCCAUACCCGGUGCCUGUCAUCAAGACGGUCGCAUACCCGGUCGAAAAACCCGUGCCCUACCCAGUCGACAAGCCGUACCCCGUGCACAUUGAGAAGAAAGUCCCAGUGCCCGUUGACAGACCGUACCCCGUGCCCGUGUACAAGAUCAAGCACAUCUACCACGAACCCAAGUGGGCCAAAUGGCUCAGCGGCUGGUAAAAACCGUAUAGACGCACGCCAUACAAUAUAAUAUUAUAUAAGUCGUAACACGCAUUAUGUGGUUGAGUUGUGUUUAGGUAUCUAAUCCGACUUAUAAUCCAACCGACUUAACUAUUUUUACAUGUAUACCUAACCUGUCUGUAGCUGUAUAUCAUCGACACGCACCAUAAAUUGGACGGUCAACGAUGCAAACGAUAUACGGUUUAUUUUUUAAUCGUUGUUUAUUUUUUGUUUUAAAUAAUACGACGUGACUUACAAACAUAUUUUUUUAAGUAUAGGUACAUGCGUUUUAUAUAUAAAUGUUAAUAAAUUAUGUAAGCACAGAAGUGUUACGGUACUGAUGAUAAUUGGACUGAUCGUUCACGUUAACCCAGUGUGCAUUUACAUGAUUUAAUUUUUUUUAAUUUUUAUUUUACUUUAUUUUUAUUUUGUACUAUAACUUUGUUAACUAGUAUGUAUUUUAUCAACAACAAUAAUCAAUUAUAUGAACAAAAAAUAAAACACGAUUAUUUCCAUGAAAAAAAAA